AUGAGUUUUACAGGUUCAUUAGCGCUGGCAGGUAUUGGUGGUUUGGUGUACAAGUUUGGCGGAGGCCAAUCGUAUGAAAAACUGCCAUAUGUCAACAUCCCCUUCAAUCAGUACUUGGAUAAAGUUUACAAGAAGCACUUCAGCAAAGUUAUGAGCCGUACCAGAUACGUGCUAAUGAACUUUUUCAAAGAUGCAUUCACAGGAGGUGCAUUCAUGUACCCGUUCAAAGGGUUUUUAGAGUUCAACACCAAUAAGAGCAGUUACUCAACGACUAUGUUAGGUAUAUUAUCGAGUUACUUGAUAAUGUUUGCCCUGGUAAGCUUUGUGUAUUGGGCUACAAUUACGCCAAUGUACACAGCUUUUUUGAUUGUGCUGGGCCCUAUUGGGCUUUUCAUUGCCAUUUUUCAUUCCUUUUUGCAAGCAAAUGUUUUCACUUUAUUGUUUAUGAGACUCAGUCAUUUUAAUAAUCAUUUAGUGGAGGUGUGCUUAGAGAAGAAUGGUUUAGAGGAGAAUUUGAGUGAAGUCAAACCAAUCAAGUACUAUGCACCUAUUAACUCGAUAUAUUUCUGGGCUUACUAUUUCCCAUUCAAGUUGGUCAAGUACAUGUUAGGCCUGUCGGUUCUUUUUGUGCUGUUGGUUAUAUCUUUUUUCCCACUUAUUGGACCAAUCCUUUUUCAUAUUUUAAUUUCUCCUUUCAUCACUCAAAUUUACUUCACGAAAGUUUUACGUUUACAAAAUUUCGACAACAUACAAAGACGUGAAAAUAUUUAUCUCCACGCUGGCCAAUAUGCCUCAUUUGGUUUCUUGGCCGGUUUGAUUGAGUCCGUGCCCAUUUUAGCGGGCUUUGCCAUUUCUACAAAUACUAUUGGUAGCGUUUUAUUUAACCUUGAUCAUCCAAUGGUCCCUGAAAAUUUAGUAGAAACUCAAGCUGAAAUUGAAGCAGCACCACAAGAUAUCAAUCAACAACCGAAUCAAUAA